AUGGCCGAUACCGAGCAGGGAUUUUCUGCUCCUCUCCACAAGUAUGUCCUUAGUCCAGUCGAGGAGGAAGAUCGCGCCACUCUCCGCAGCCGCUGGCUUCUAUCUCUUUGUCUCUCAACUCCCGACCACCGCCUCGCAUCCACAACCCCUCCUCCUCCCAACCGUUUCUCCGCUGCGACAACCACCGAGUCGGGAAGCGAAACCCCUCCCGCAGGUCGAAAUCGCGCGGAGAACAUCGGAGAUCAGUCGCCCAUCUGCCCGAAGCGACUGUCGUUCUCAAUGCCGGGAGAACCGCCUUCCCCUAAAGCCCUCGACUGGGGUACCCGAAUGUUCUCGUCAGCCUCGGUGGCGGGCUUGUUGCCGAACCUCCUCCACCAGCGAAUGCCGCAGGUUCGGUUCAUGGUUGCGGUAAUGGGCCUCGUCGUCACAGCGUCGUUCCUCUUCUCCGACGGAGUCGCCAGGGGAAAUGCGACGCUGAGCGGAUGGUGGCCAACUGAUACGACGUCGCCGACCGUCGCACGUUUGCGAGGUAGUAACCCGGUGGACAGUCGUCGCAACGGCGGAGCUAACGGCAAGUAUGUGUCGGUGGCGCGGCAGGAGCAGCAGAGGCGGCGGCUGUGGUGGGCAGACCGGGAGAGCGAGGCGGCUGAACUUUACCCCAUGGAUCCUGCGGAGCUGAGAGUGCGCGAGGAGAUGGUAUCACUGCAGUGGCUCAAAUAUCGAUCGGGUCAGCUGCAGCUGCACGUGCACUCCAGUAACGAGGUCGACGUCAGCUUCUGGGGUGACGUGUUCCGAACCGCAUUCUCGGAGCUUUCCGGGCCGCACGAUGCGGCGCGCAGGGCGGCGAUUCGGCGGAUCGCCCGGCUGUCAACUCAGGCGUACGACGUGGAUCUGUCCGCUACAUUCCCCGUACGCGCGCGUUACAUUCCGCCCCGCACGCCCUGCUUUCUCCUCCACUCCGUUCCCCUCUCACCUCAAAUCGUCUGCUUCGUAGACAGCAUAUUCGAGGUAGCACGACCAUACCAAGUUCUCUACCCCAUCUCCUCCCUCGUGCCUGUCAGGUGUUUUGCCCGAAAUGGCGGUGGCAGACCAAGGCGAGCACCAGCAGCAGCAGCAGCAGCAGCUGCAGCAGCAGCAGCAGCAGUCACAGCGGUCGCUGCAGUCGCAGCAACUCUGGCUGCACUACUGACAACAAGGCGCUUUUCUCGAGGACCUAUCUCUCUCUCUCUCUCUCUCUCUCACUCUCUCCCCCUCACUCUCUCCCCUCACUCUCUCCCCCUCACUCUCUCUCUCCCCCUCACUCUCUCCCCCUCACUCUCUCCCCCUCACUCUCUCCCCCUCACUCUCUCCCCCUCACUCUCUCCCCCUCACUCUCUCCCCCUCACUCUCUCCCCCUCACUCUCUCCCCCUCACUCUCUCCCCCUCACUCUCCCCCCCUCACUCUCCCCCCCUCACUCUCCCCCCCUCACUCUCCCCCCCUCACUCUCCCCCCUCACUCUCCCCCCCUCACUCUCCCCCCCUCACUCUCUCCCCCUCACUCUCUCCCCCUCACUCUCUCUCCCCCUCACUCUCUCCCCCUCACUCUCUCCCCCUCACUCUCUCCCCCUCACUCUCUCCCCCUCACUCUCUCCCCCUCACUCUCUCCCCCUCACUCUCUCCCCUCACUCUCUCCCCCUCACUCUCUCCCCCUCACUCUCUCCCCCUCACUCUCUCCCCCUCACUCUCUCCCCCUCACUCUCUCCCCCUCACUCUCUCCCCCUCACUCUCUCCCCCUCACUCUCUCCCCCUCACUCUCUCCCCCUCACUCUCUCCCCCUCACUCUCUCCCCCUCACUCCCUCCCCCUCAUUCUCUCCCCUUCACUCUCUCCCCCUCACUCUCUCCCCCUCACUCCCUCUUUCCCCCCCCCACCCCCCCUUCCGUUCCGUCCCCUCCUUCCCACCAUCAUCUCUCAGCAGAUUUCGACAAUGGGAACCAAGCUUGAGGCGAAGCAGGUGGUUUACUGCGGAGUGUGCGGGCUGCCCCCGGAGUUCUGCGAGUUCGGGCCGGACUUUAACAAGUGCAAGCCAUGGCUGCUGGAGCACACGCCGCACCUCUACCCCGACCUCGCGGCUGAAAAACUCAAGGAGUUGUCAACAACUGAGGGAGGUGCAGGGGAAGCAGGAGCAGGAGCAGCAGCACCGGCAGCAGCCAAGCCAGAAGAGCCUGUCAAGAAGCUGCCUGGGGGGCGGGUCAAGAAGCAGGAUAAGAAGGAGGUGGUGGUGGAGCGAAUAGUGCGCAACAAGCGCAAGUCAGUCACGGUUAUCAAAGGCCUCGAACACUUUGGUGUGAAACUGCCCGAAGCAGCCAAGAAGCUAGGCAAGAAGUUUGCCAGUGGGGCCUCGGUGGUCAAGGGACCAACGGAGAAGGAGCAGGUGGACGUGCAGGGGGACAUUCUCCUCGAUAUAGUCGAAUUCAUUACAGCCACAUGGCCCGACGUGCCUGAGGAGGCUAUUUUCUUCAUAGAGGACGGAAAGAAAGUACCUGCAUGCUAG